ACUCACGCACUCGCGCGCCGGCCUCCCAGCUGUCUGUGUCCGGGGCGGGGACCGGCUUGGAACCGAUCGCCGCGGGCCGGGCACAGCGCGCCGCCCGCUGUCAGCGCUCGCCUGCUCCUCGUGUCCCUGCCCGCUGCGCGCUGCCCGGAGCAGACGCCUGCCCGGCCGGCCCACGAGCAAGAGAACGGGCGGGCACACCCAGCCCUGGCACGCCCGGCCCGGGCUCGGGCGGAGGCGGCGCCGUGGCGGAUCCGAGCGUGGAGGGCGCCGCCGGGGCCGGGAGCUAGGCGCGGUCCUGCCCAGCCCCGAUCGCCGGGCGCCGGCCCUCGGCGCUCGGGUUCUGCGGAUCAGGCGUGUCUCAGGAGGCAGGAGAUGCAGGGUGGAGUCCUGGCCUGGCUGCUUGCCUAAGGAGCCACCCUCCCAGACAGAGUCUCAGUGUCCCCGAUUGUGAAACAAGCAUACCGCUGCAGACCUCCCUUCCAGUCUCUGAGUAAGGAAAUGCAAAGUGCAUGGAGUUGAAACCAGCACCUUCCCUUCCUCUGAGUCCUGCCUUCUCCUGCAGAAGCGAGCUCAAAAGAACUUUGUUGUUGUGCCUUUUACUUUGGCGUGAAAGCAGCAGACGAUGAGGAGAAAAUAAUGAAUGUCAAAGGAAAAGUAAUUCUGUCAAUGCUGGUUGUCUCAACUGUGAUUGUUGUGUUUUGGGAAUAUAUCAACAGCCCAGAAGGCUCUUUCUUGUGGAUAUAUCACUCAAAAAACCCAGAAGUUGAUAACAGCAGCGCUCGGAAGGGCUGGUGGUUUCCUGGCUGGUUUAACAAUGGGAUCCACAAUUAUCAACAGGAGGAAGAAGACAUAGACAAAGCAAAAGGAAGAGAGGAGAACAAAGAAAGGAAGAUGACACAACAGAGCUUCGGCUAUGGGACUGGUUUAAUCCAAAGAAACGCCCAGAGGUUGUGACAGUGACCAAAUGGAAGGCGCCGGUUGUGUGGGAAGGCACUUACA